CCCGCAGUCUCCGCUGCGUCCAUCCACACCAGGGUCGGUGCGCGCGCUGCAGGCUGGAGUCUUGCACCCUGAUAGAGAGACAAAGAAGAGAGCUAGAGAGAGAGAGAGAGGGGAGGCAGGACGGCUCAGGCACCGUGGAGGGUUUUUUAAAAUCCCCCGUCUUUAUGGUUGUCGGAUCAUAAACACUCCCGGACUUCAUAUAAACAUGCACCUACUGGGAAUAUCUCUUUUACUGGCAUAUCUGCUUUAUUCCAACCUCGCCAGCGACUAUUAUGAAGACUACGAGCAGGAGCAGAUGGACGAGCCGGAUGUCUCAACAGAACCUGAUAUGGAGCAAAAACUGCGCUCAGCCUCCAGCGUGGAUGAACUGAUGACUCUUAUUUAUCCUUCAUACUGGACUGCUCUGAAAUGCAGAUCAAAACUCUCUGCCGCUGCUGCAUCAAAACAUUCCCAGAGGCCGCAGCCUCACCGACUGAGGCCGCAGGCGGAUACAGAAGAGCCAACAUACGCUGCCGCCUUUCUCAACUUGGACAUCUUAAAAAGUAUAGAGUCGGAAUGGAGGAAGACUCAAUGCAUGCCCAGAGAAGUGUGUGUUGACGUGGGCAGGGAGUUUGGGGCUCCCACAAACGUCUUCUAUAAGCCACCCUGUGUGUCCGUCUACAGAUGUGGAGGGUGCUGCCACUCAGAAGAUAAACAAUGCAGGAAUAUCUCCACUGGUUACCUCAGCAAAACUCUCUUUGAAAUCACAGUUCCGAUCACCCAAGGCACCAAACCGGUGACUAUCAGUGUGGCCAACCAUACCCAGUGCAGCUGUCUGUCCAAACUGGACAUCUACAAACAAGUUCACAGCAUCAUCAGGAGAGCCCUGCCUGAGUGUCAGCUUGUUAACAGGACAUGCCCUCUUGGUCAAUCCUGGAGUUCCAGGCAGUGUCGGUGUGUCAGCAUGGCUGCCAGCUCUCCACACAACUCGGCCCCCCCACUGUUGCCUCCUUCAAGGCCCUCGCAGCCAAAUCAUGACAUAUUCUCAUCGGACGUGUGCGGUCCAGAGAAGGAACUGGAUUUGGAAAGCUGUCAGUGUGUGUGUCAGAGUGGAAAUCCUGACUGUGGUCCAAAUAAACACUUCGACAAAAACACCUGCCAGUGCGUUUGCAAUGUGCUGUCGGCGGCGUCGUGCCCUGCGAGCCACAUCUUCAACAAGGAUACCUGCCAAUGCACCUGCAGCAAGACGUGUCCGAGGCACCAGCCUCUCAACAGGUCAAAGUGCUCCUGUGAAUGUAACGAGUCUCCAAACAAAUGCUUCCUAAAGGGAAGAAGGUUUCACCAAGCCUCAUGCAGUUGCCUCAGGCCUCCGUGCGACGUCAGAAGGCGAAAAUGUGAACGAGAUUUCUCUUUCAGUGAGGAGGUGUGUCGCUGCGUUCCGUCCCACUGGAGGCGGCUAAACUAACCUCUGGCUCGUGUGAUGCUACCCAAAUGCUAAAGAACAGACUCAAGCAGUAGAAUUCAUCACCCAUCACCUGCUGGUCAAGAGGAUUCCCAUCAGCUGUGAUGGCAGCUAAGUGUAAGGACCCUGACGGACAUGGGGGGAACCUUAACAUUUUGGAAGGCAAAUAUGGGAAUUUUGGGGAUUCGAGGGUGAAAAAUGCACUGAUUUUUUUUACUAAGAGCCUAAAGCCCCAUAUGAAAGGAAGGACUAAAAUAAAGAGUCAAUACUCAAAUCUUUUUAAAAACUAUUGUUGAAAAAUUUGUUUUGAAUUAUUUCUUGGCGGGUGGGGAGGAGGGAUAUUAAUUAUGUCUCAGUAUUCUUAUGUCAGAUAUUGACUAUAUAAUUUAUUAAAUGCUAUUUUUCAACCUCUGCUUAUCGCAAUUUCAGUAUUUUUAUGAGAAUACACUGUGAUUAAUAUUUUUGUAUCAUGCAAAGUAUAUGUGGAAAAUAAAGUAUACUAGAUGCUGCGUUAUGAAAUAGAAGAAUGCAGUCGGAUCUGGUGUAUGUUGCAAUAAUGGUGAUGCUUUUUUUCCAUGUCUAAAAGAACAGGCAGGAUCCUCUGUUUUUCGACAUCAACAAUCACACAAAAAGUCGAAUUUCUUUUCUCACAUGUGGUUAAUGACUACAGUAUUUAGGAAUUUAAAUGUAUGUUGUUUUUUUUAAGAUUUCUGAAAUUCAUUGAACACAUGCCUUUAUUAUUUAUUUUUUACAAUGCAAUGUUACACAAACAGACAAAAAUUGCAUCUUCACAGCUUUAUAAAUGUUAAAAGAAUAUUCCGUUUCUGUGCACACCCAGUUUUACACACAAGCCUCUACUUUUUUUGUGCACUUGGCCUUUGAAGCACUUCAGAAACGGUUAAAAAAAAGGUUGAAAUUCUUUUGAUCUACGACACAUUUAAUGCACAGAGGAUGAUCUAAAUGUUAUCAAGGAUUACCUGGAUGGCAGAGAAAGAUGACUGCAUUGGUGAAGACUGACAUCUGAGUGACAACCUUUCUAUACUCUUUUAAAGUUGAAGACGAUUAUUUUUUCAUGUAGAACAUGUUUGAGGUCAGUCAUUAGCUAGCUAAGAGCAUAAAACGUGUUGAUAAAUGUUGAUAAAUUAGAGAAAAAGCAAAAAUAUCUUCGGUCUUCCAUUAACCACAAAUAUAAAGUAACUUACCAUCUUCACCGUUGAUCUUAAAAUCAUCAAGAUGCCUCUGUUUGAUCUUUUAUUUCAUAUUAAUGUCAAUAAGCAGCUAUGUAUACCCAAUAAAGUGGUGGAUCCAAUGUGUUCUCUGCUCCUAUUUUGAAAGGUCUCUGAGUAAAAAAAAUACAUAUUUCACAAAUCACGCUGUCAUCCAUUUGACUUUUCUGCUUGGUUACAUUUCCCAAUAUUCACAAGCAAAUUUUAAUGCAAAUAGUGCAACUGGAGAUGUGAAGUGCACCAGAAAGCAGGACGAAGAAAAACUGGGUAGUCUUGUUCAUUUCCUCACAGCACUCCUUUCAUCCAUUUUCUGACCUUUGUGCCUUUGUAAGCGCUUUUUCAAAAACUUUUUUUGUUUUUUUGUAUUUUCCUGAGCAAGGCAAUUUCAGUUUUAGAUCUUUGUUUAACACCUUUACUGAAUGACAUGUUCUUAAGUGACCCAUGGAAGUCACAUUAAACAUGUAUACAUUAAACAUGCUGACUUGUGGAGAUGCACAUCCCAAAUUAAUUUACCAAUCCUCUAAAUAGAAAUGUUCAAUUUUUCUAUUUGACCAUUGUUCAAUGAUUGUGUGUAAAAGAGGAUAACAUAAUGUGAACAUUGUGUUGGAGCUUUAAAAAAAAAAAAA